AUGCAGCGCGACCCCGUCUCUCCUACUAUCACCCAGCUCUCGUCGCGAAGUCCAACGCCAUCUCCACCUGGAAACACCACAGUGCCCCUCCCUCGAUUUCCAUCCCGCAGCCCCAAUAGACCUCCCACGUCCUACCAAGAGCCCACUGAUGGUGAGACGACCCGGAGCAGCACCAGAAGACGCUCCUCUCCCUCUCCUGCACCUGCAACAACUCGUAGAAGAGAUGCGACCCAGAGCCAGCCCCAGCCAGAACCCCCAGCCCCUGCCACUCCCACCAAGCUGCCCCAGCUUCCUCUACUUCAAGAUGUCUCCCAGUAUAUGAACCCACAGUUUCCCGCUGUAACGGCCGCGACGGCCAACACAACCUUGGAAGAGUUGGCGCACCUCGUCCGGCUGUCUACAUACCAAGAGAGGAAGAGAACCCAUUCUCGCGUCCGGCUACAGCGAUCGCUGGUGUCAACCGCCAUCUCGGCGCGUCUGGUACGAUGCGGAGAGCUGGCGAAUCGGACGCUGGUUGACAAUUUCAGGGCCGACGAGAAGAAGAGCUUUGCCAGCCUCUACAACGCUAUCCAUGAUGUGCGGAACUCAUGCGACGCGACCCGCCGCUUCGCCCUCUUGGAAACAGACCUGGAGGCCUGCCGCGCAUCUCCCGGUGCGGGAGGCGAGCCCAGAACCCUCUCCUCCUCUACGUUCAUGCAUGAAAUCCCCCAGCGUUCGCGUGAAAGCUUACUCAAAUUUUUGACCCAGAUCAGGACAAAUCCGGACUACCUAGCCAGUCGGAUCUGCAGCCUAACCCCCCAGGAACUGUCGGGUUUGUUGGUAUUCCACCAGGGCUUAGAGAGCAUCAACACGGUGCUGCCGUACCAUAACCCGCGCUCGAAAGGCCAUGUCUCCAGCGCCCAUCGCGCGUCCGCGCAUAUACCUUCCCCAGUUGAGCGUCUGCUUUCCUUUCAGCGUCAUGAUCCCUUGUCUGCUUUGAUUCAUACUUGCUUUGCCAACUCGGCGGGCCCAGACUCCGGCGAGGAUCUGCGCCGGACAGACGUGUGGGCUGCCACUUGCGCGAAGCUGAUUACCAUGGGCAAGACCGGGACGGACCCCUUUAUCUGCUGUGUUCUGAAUGUUUGGACCGCGAUGCGGGAUUGGUCCGGAAAGAGUAAUAUGGAGUGGUACCUCAUGAAGAUCCUCGAGGAUGGAGCGUUCCUUUUGGAGAAGGCCGAGGACCAGGCAGGCACCCGCAUCCAUGUUGAGCCGCGGAACACCAAGGAUACUAUAGCAGCGGAUGAGUUUUAUGAUGCAGCCGUUCAAGGGCUUUUUGAGGUCGUGGAUGACCCCGGAGAAGGUGGUAUCCCCGAAGGCCUUAUAGAACUUGGAAAUGCUAUUUUGCGCAAACUUGAUCCCAAGUUGCAUUUCUCCACCAGGAAAUUCUUCGUCUCCAAAUGGCUCUUUUCCGUUUUCCUCCUCGGCGCAGUUAUCCAUCCAGAGUCCUAUGGGAUGAUGGCCGAGUAUCACAUAACCGAAUACGGUCGCCAAAAGAUUCUCAAGGAGGUCAUCAUGAGAGCGCACAAGCUAGUGGCAGACAUGCUUUGGAGAGAUACCGUAUCAACACCACUUGCUGUCAAAUCACACAUCGAGAACAUCAUGGCCCGCUUCCGGCCAAGUCGGCCGUCCAAAUCCAAGGCAAAGCUGCUCCCCGCGAGGUCCAUUACAUCACUGAGGGAGACGGUUGAGGUACAUCCGUACCUGGUCAUGGGCCCGUCGGACUUGAUCACCAUGGUCAACUCCCUCUUCCCAGAGAAGCGGCCAGUCUCCAGCUCGCUCUCAAGAGAUAUAAGCUUUGGUAGUAUACGCUCUUCGGCAUCUUCCGUUUCGGGGAUGUCUACCAUCUUCCAGUCUAGCCCUAUCACUGCUCCACGCAAUGCUUUUGACAAUGUCUCUGUCAUUAGCAACAGCGGUUCCUCCGUGAUCAGCGACUUUACGACGUCGCGUGAGCCUCUCCUAGAGGAGAACAUCAAGAGUAGAUCCGUCAAUUACGAGGAUGAUGGCUUUGAAUUACGUGUUGCGAUCUAUGAGAUGACCCAGACCUUGGGUACCGAAGGAGUUUCUGGAGCUUGCCAUCCUUGUGCCGAGCAUUGGACCGUGCUUUUCAUGUCCCCGGAUGGCCAGUCGUUGUCUCACCAGCUGCCUCAUGAUCCUGAUGAGGAUGGCGACGAGGAAGAGUUCACGACGAGUAGCGACUCCGACGACGAUACUAUCGGCUCCCGGUCUGAUCUAGAUAAAGACUAUCACCAGCUGCGCAACUCUGUGUUGAAGUUAGUAGAGGACUAUGAGAUUCCCCAGUCUCUGAACCCCACGGCCGAGUCGGAAACCUUCAGUAAUAGGACAUCCGCUUUGGAGAGUCCGAGGAAGAAGUACCUCAGCCGACCUGGGCUACCAGCCCACACACAGUCCAGGAAUCCAUACCGCAUCCAAGAUAUCGCCACAUUCAAAGACCCCAAGCCAUCGUCGAAGUUGCGCCACGAUUCUGAUAGCGACAAGGACAAGGAAGCCCCUUCUGUGCUGAUCACGAUGCUAGAAGCGGCCGUAGCGCAAUGCCAGGCACAGUCGGACUUUGUUAACGCGCAUCUCUGGUGGAAGACGCUGAACCAGCUCCACCAGCUCUCAUCUCCCUCCCUGAAACGGGACGGCUUCGCUUCGCUCCUGAGCAUUUUUUCACGAGGUCCACGCGACUCGAUCCGGCGCUCAACCAGUGCCGUCGAAGAGUAUGACGCCUGGCUGGUGUGGCUGAAGCAAUCUCAAGAGCGUCACGAUGUGACCAUCGAAUCGAUGAUGAAGGGCUUGAAGGCGAUUCGAGACAAGAUGUGGUAUGUCACUGAUGUAAAGAACUCGGCCGCUUACGAGGGAGCACGGAAUAUUGCGAUUGCCUUGAAGUGUAUGGCGUCGCCAAAGAAAGCCACGCACCCUCCACCUGUGGGAACCCGACCCCGGAAUAUCUCCAAGACAUCUACGAACAAUUUUCUUCUGAAGACGGAGGCGCAGGUGAUGCAUAUGAUGGCCGCUAGCGACGACCAAGGCGGACCCAAUAAGCUGUCUGAUGAACAGUCGGAGAAGACGUCGCGCUGGUUGACUCAAUUUGGCAUCGAAAACUUCUGUAAGGGCGAGGAGCGGAUCCACAGAUUCUGCUUGGAGAUUGGAGCUUGCAUUAACAAGCUGGUUGGCGACAAUCUUAUGGAAGGCCCGGUGUUGUGGUCGAGCGAACUGUAUUACCGCGACAAGCGACUGUUGGACAGCGGUCGACAGAAAGGCGACAUGUUCCUCGGUAGUCUCGGGUCUCCCAAUCCAUCCGGAGAUGACGAUACAGAUACAGGCCGCCGCGGACUCCGUAGCACAACAGACUUCAACCGCUCGGGUCCUGGCCUUCGAGAUCUCCGGUCCAUGUCCGCAAGGAACACCUCCCAGCAGAGCUUUGAUUCUGGCAGGUACAGCAUGCCAAGGAUGAGCACUGCUGGGGACCUGAUGGACUCCCAGGAUUACUUUGGCGCUGCUAGUACGGUUCUGACAUUUGAUUCUACGACUACAUUUUGGUCGCCUUUCCAAACCCGAGCGCAAUCGCCAACGACGAGUAUCAGCAGCCAUCAUCGCCCUGGUACCUCCUCGUCGUCGAUGAACGAGACGGUAACGAUGAGAGAGGAGCGCGCAAGCUUGGCGAAGCAGAGCUUUCUGUCGGACUUGAAGCAGACUCUUACCAGUCUCUUGAUCAGCGAUCUUGGGGCCCUUGUCUUUGCAAGGGGGAGCGAGACGGACUCUUGGUUCUCUGGACCGCUGGGCGAGGACUGUAUGGAGAGAAAAGAGCGUGCCGAGCGGAAGGCCCGAAGGAAGAUGCGAACGCGGACACUGGGAAAGAAGAAGAGUAUGAGGGACCUGAGAAAUGCUCAGAAAGCCGAGCCACCUUCCGAGAACCCCGACUAUCUGAGUGCAAGAAUGGAAAGAGGUGCCUCGUCAGCCGGUUCACGGUCUACAGAACACGGCCCGCCAGAUGUCCCUUCUACCACCGAAAGCUCAACCAGCGAUCAGAACGGGGUCAACGCCCGCAAAGCCGUGUCCAAAGAGCUAGACUCCCCUGACUUCCCCUACCGCAAAGCCUUCCAACGCCUCCUACGCAUGUUCUCCGUGCACCCCAACCCCUACAGUAAGCUCAAUGCCCUGUUCGAACUAGAACAACUCAUCAUCGCCUACCUCACCCCUUCGCCCCCCCGCCGUUCUCGCCUGCGUCAAGAGCCACUGACGGCAGCCCCCCAGUCCCCCUCCGUCACCCAUAUCAACGCCUUCGGGCACAGCGACACCAACACCGCCAAUCCCCGCGCCAAAACUCUCGAGCAGGCGAUCGACAACUGCAAGGAGCGUCGGUCGCACACACUGUCCCAACCAGACCCCAUCCUGCGCUCCUCACCCGCCGCCGCAAAUCCAGCCAGCACCGACAUGAUCGUCGACGUGCUGCAGGAUCUAUUCCGCGAUGCCGAGAUACGGCCCAAGACCCUAUUCCGCGACCUGCAGUUCAUAGCCUCCUUCGUGCCCGUCGAGGUGCUCGAUAAAACGGAGCGCGGGAAGGCGUUCUGGGACGCCGGUCUGGCGGCGUUGGGAUUGAAGCAAGAUGUGUGCCGCACGAUGAUUGAGAUUGCCGACGAGGUCGUCGUGCACUACACGUCCACCCGGGCCAACAAAUCCUCCUCCUCGGCCGCCUCUGCGAUUCCCGCCGAGCACACGACGGCGAGCGGCGAGCUGAUGAAAUACAGCAUGCAAGAAGCGGCGCGGAUGUGGACCAUCACGGCGAAAGAAGGGGAUCCCGUCGCGGAGCGGGAGCUGGCCAUCUUCUACCUCACCCAUCCGGAGCUGGUGGAGCGCGUCACGCUGCCGCUGAGCCGGCCCGGGGACACGUUCAAGAAGGGCGUGCUGGAAAUGCACGGUGGUGGUGGGAAGGGAGGAGGAGGUGGGGGUGGAGGUGCUGGUGGGGGUGGAGGGGAGGGCGAGAGGGGUGAUGGGAGGGUGAUGUGUGUGGCGUUUCAUUGGAUGGAGGCGUCUGCGCUGGGGGGCGACGAGCUGGCGAAGAAGUAUCUGAGGCAGAGGGAGGAGCUGAAUGCUAUCCCUUAG